GGGAGUGUUCCUCUUUUUAUGGGUGGAGACCCACAUUGAAACCCACGUUGCUAAUCUAGGGAGGCCCCAUAUUGCUAUAUGCACAAUUUAUUAACGUGUCAUACCUCUUAAGUGUAAGAAGCACUGACUUUUAAAUGUAAUUUAGAUAUCAGGAUAAUAAUUAACUGUGUUCGUAAAUUAAGUUUUAAACAACGAGCAGUUAUAAGGUUGAAGAUGUAUUACAUUAACUGCUACUCUUUACGAAGUACAUUUUUUGCGUAAAUGCAAAGUAUGAAGUACCCACGUAUUUCUAAACUCGAAUUUCCAUUAUAAAGUCGGGCCUCAGCUCAGCAGAGAGGAAUGAGAUUAGAGAGAUCAAAGCGCGGCAUUCGCGCCAGUUGAAACCAGCGUCAGUCUCCGGCUAGGUUACAAAAAGCACCAUCAAUGACGUCAACGUUCUGGAACCGCCCAUCAUUCAAACUUCACGGUGCGCUCUGAUUGGUCGAUAGUGAGUCAUUUGACCAACGGUCGCGGGAAGACUAUGACCACGCUUGUUGUAGGUGGGAGGAGUAGCAGUUCGCCAUUCAAACUACUUUCGUAAACAAAAUUGUUUUUAAUCGGUAUAAUUAUGAAGGUUUUACGUUUUGUUGGUCUUUGAUUUAGUCGUUUAUUACGGCGCAUUGUCUUUUCAUGGACAUUAUAUUUCACUUUUAGCGCAGUGACUAAUCUGGGGAGUAGAUUUGGGAGACUCGGAGAAGAAGCCAUUUUUUUUUCAAACUUGGCCGCUUUGGUGCUUCGUGGUAACAAGUCAACUUAUCAGUCGGUAAGAGCUUGUCUGAUUCGGUUGUGUGGAUAUUGGGGUUGCUAGUGGACUAUACUGUCGCCAGUCGACGGUGGAAGACAAGCGGGAUUGAUAUUUUAUUAAUGUGACAAAUCUAAGAGAAGUUGUAAUUAGCAAAGUGGCUAGCUAGUUAUAGGAGUCGUUAGGUCUCCACGGGGAAGCCUCCCGUUAACUAAGGUUAAGUAGUCCGUGUUUGUUAGAUAUGCUUAGCUUCUUUCAUUUCUUUUCUUUAACUAUUUGACUUUAUUAAUUUGUUUUGAAUAACGUUAGCCUAAUUGUACAACAGCGUUUCCGUGUUUGGGUUUGUCUAACUCUCAGUAGAGAGUUUCUGCUGGCCGAGAAAAUGAGUUUCGGCUGCCGCCGGCAAGCAGACUUUUCCCCAAACCUUCGAGCGAUUCGCCAGAAACUGCAGUUUGCACACAGCGAUGGUGAAGAGGACAGUAUUGAGGAGGCCAACAGCAGUACCGGGGCUGAGUCCGGUUUUAACGAGCUGGAUUCUCCGGUAUCUCUGCGGCGUAGCAGCGCGGAUAAGAGACCCGACGAGCUGAACAGCAGUCCUCUGAGCCGAACCAGGGAAGACGACGACCCCGAGUCUUGGGACGAGGAAGGUUUCGGCUCUCCGUCUCACCUCAAAGUGAACUUUUGUGUGAAAAACUCUCCGUCGCCGAGAAAAAGUCCUCGCGCCUACGACAGCUCACCGGAGAGGACGUGUAUUCAGGACGAUGUGGAGGGCUCGAGCUCUCCGAUUCCUGACUGUCCUGAUACACCACCCCAUAAAACCUUCAGAAAACUGCGACUGUUCGAUACUCCGCACACUCCAAAGAGUUUGCUGUCAAGAGCAAGGACUUCGGCUUCUACAAGCAGGAGAGUCGCGCUUUUCAAGAAUGUGGAUUCCAAAGGAAAGGCAAGUCUCGACGGAAGGCGAAACCAAACACCCCUGGUCAACAUUAACCCCUUCACCCCGGACUCAGUGGUCGUCCAGUCAUCAACUCAACAAAGAAACAAUAGAAAGCGCUCUCACUGGAAUGACUCCUGUGGAGAGGACAUGGAGGCAAGUGAUGCUGAGAUUGAGGAUGAGGUUAUUCCACCUUCAAAGAGAAUUACAAUGAUGGAGAGUAACAUGAUGUCCAGAUAUGCAUCAGAGUUCCAUGAACUAGAGAAGAUUGGUUCUGGACAGUUUGGCUCUGUGUACAAAUGUGUGAAAAGACUAGAUGGUUGCAUCUAUGCAAUCAAGCGUUCCAAGAAGCCUUUGGCAGGAUCUGUGGAUGAGCAAAAUGCACUUCGUGAGGUUUAUGCACAUGCAGUUCUUGGACAGCACCCUCAUGUAGUGAGAUAUUAUUCUGCCUGGGCUGAAGACGACCACAUGCUGAUCCAGAAUGAGUACUGCAAUGGUGGCACCUUGUCUGAUGUUAUUGCUGAGAACUACAGACGUUUGCACUUUCUGUCUGAGCUGGAACUGAAGGACUUGUUGCUGCAGGUCUCCCGCGGGCUCAAGUACAUCCACUCGACAGCGCUUGUGCACAUGGACAUUAAGCCAAGUAACAUAUUUAUUUCAAGGAAGUCUGCAGUGAGCGUUGAGGAGUUUGAAGAUGAGGAGGAUGGGCCCAGCACUAAUGUGAUAUACAAAAUCGGUGACCUAGGCCAUGUGACUAGGGUGACUAAUCCACAAGUUGAGGAGGGUGACAGUAGAUACCUGGCUAAUGAAGUUCUUCAGGAGGACUAUAGUAACCUGACAAAGGCAGACAUCUUUGCUUUGGCUUUGACUGUUGUCAGUGCAUCUGGAGCUGAGCCUCUACCAACCAAUGGGGAACAAUGGCACAAAAUCCGACAGGGAAUUCUACCCCAUAUCCCACAAGUGCUUUCUCAAGAAUUUUUAAGCCUAUUAAAGCUUAUGAUUCAUCCUGACCCCACACGCCGGCCAUCGACCUCUGAUCUCAUCAGACACCCUGUUCUGCUUACCGCCUCCAGGAUGAAUGCUGAUCAGUUGCGUGUGGAACUUAAUGCAGAGAGAUUCAAAAACGCCCUGCUCCAAAAGGAGCUGAAAAAAGCCCAGCUUGCCAAAGCUGCAGCAGAGGAGAGAAUUUUGUCCACAGACAGAGUCCUGACACGUUCCACAAUCCAGUCUAGUUCCAGAAACUCUCGGCUUAUUGGGAAGAAGAUGAACCGCUCUCUCAGCCUCACCAUUUACUGAACUGAACCUCGAAUUAAAUAUUUUGACAAAGAAGAGUGUCCCCCAGAGGGAGGAACACUGGUGCUGUAUCACAGAUUUUACAUGGAGACUUUUUUUUUUUUUUUUGGUGUGUCUAUUACUGGUUGGACAGCUUCCAUUGUCUCAUGACUGUUCGUGCUUACACUGUUCUGAUAGAAGCGAGAUGGUUUUGAAUGGAAGAAAACCACACUUUCCAAGCAACUGAUAAUAUCAGUUAAAACAUCUGUCAGUUUGUACUGGCCAUGGACUGCUUUUUAUUGCAUGGUCAGGUUCCUUUUGCAGAAUUUGUUUUGCAUACAUUUCAUGUGUAGAUAUUUCUUAAGGUAGAGAACUUCCUUGUCGUUUUUUCCUUAUUCCUUCUCCAACUUCCACAGAGGGAGGUCUGCAUGUUGGUCAUAGACAUGGGGCAUCUAUGAACCCCUGUAGAGACCUGAUUUGUGAAUGUUCCAGACCUAAGAGUUGUGCACCUUACUGCCUGUAAAAUGCCUUAUGUUGAGCAAUGAAGGUUGGGCCCUAUGUGUCGAUUACCGUUAAACUGAGCACUUUGGAGGCAAUGGGGAACUCGCCAGAAAGCCUGCUGCUAUUCAUGUUUGUCCAUUUUCCAGUUGUGGUUGGAAAAUAUGAUCUACAUUUUUAUCAUUCUUCUUUUUUCCCCCCACCUCAAUCAUUGAUCUUUUGUUAUACAGCAAUUUCAAAAUAAUUUCCUUUGAGGUUAUGUACAGUUCUUUACAGAAAUAACAUGUAUGCAUUUGGUUUUUCAUGUAGAAAAGGUAUAGAAUUGAUCAUGUGUACAUGGGAUUUGGUUACAUUUAGAAACUGCAACUUAAGCUAAAUUUCAUAUCCCCAGUAAAAUAUUUGCUUAGACUUCAACAAGACUUCAACUUCAGCCUCAAGCCUGUUUGUAGCAUUAAAACAAUAGCAUCCUUUUUUUUUAAAGCCUUAUGUUAUCCGUUAACAAGUCAUUUUAUUUUCUGUAUUGCCACUGUACUGUUAUUAGGGUACUCUUUGGUUUCCCACUUAGAUCUUGUACCAUAGAACAUCGGCUUAUUUUUUGUAAAUAUGUUCUUUUUAAUAAACUAGAUCAACACAU